AUGGUACAAGAAACACCUAAAGUCGGCACCAAUUCACAGGACACCGCCCUCAAUGAGCUUGAGUCUGCGUUCUCGGCGCCGCCCAACCCCUCCUCGGCCCAUACUUCAUCCAUGUCCCCGGAUUUCCACAAGUCAAGCAAUCCGUUUGCCAAUGGCCAGUUCUCCACCACUUCGUCAACACGAGCUCAAACUCAGGACGGCUCUUUUUUUGAGAACAACGAUAACAUCCGCCAUAUUGCCACGCUGAUAACACGAGACCAAUUGCGCAAGUACCCAUUCAAAACAUCAAAUCGAAUAUUCAGUGAUCUCAAGUAUACUCCCGAGUUUUUUCAUCUUCGGGACCUGCCCCAGCUAAGGCAAUGCCGUGUGCCUUCUUUGCUUUCUGCAAGACCUAUAGAUUAUGCUACCUACGUCUCUCAUGUAUUGGUGCACGAUAAAUACCAGUACGAGCCGUUAAUCUUGAACAACUCUGUGGAUUACGUGCCAGCUUUUCAGAAAUACACUUUCCCAGAGAAGAACUUGAGCGUGAGCAUUGUAAGGGGGCUUCUUGUUUCUAAAGCAAACCGAGAAGUGUGUCACUUCAGAUUGACAAUUUUGGAACACGACAAGCCAAAGGUGUUUUUAAUAGACAAACACGAGUUCCAUGUUCUCCCGAGAGACGCUGUUUCUCCUGACGAUUUAGAAGCGCUUGGCGAAGAUAAUCUCUCUACCAGCCGUCUGCACAUUCUAGAUGAUGUCUUCUUUAAGUCUCUUAAUGCUCCUUACAAUAUGGUCAUGAGGGUUACGGUUUUCAAAUCGGAAUUCACUCCUGACGAGACCUCAGGAUUCACAGAUAGUGAGAUAGUAAAUGAUCGUUUUACGAAGGCUAUCAAAAAUCUCCCCGAUUCGCCAGCUUCUCAAAUGACCAAGUUUGACCCUAUCCAUUGUAUCCAAACACUUAUUAAAGUCUUGAAGGGUCCCAUUCUUCAUCCCGAAGGUCAACCACUUCAAACAAUUCCUAAGGUCAAGUCCGCCUUGGAGGCUAAAGUCGAUGUCUCGCUACUUUUUGACAAAAUGGGCUUCUCCUUGAACGAACAAGAACAGCUUUUUGUACCACCAGACCUUUCCAAAAAUCCAGCACUUCGUGAAAGCUUCAUUAGAAAAGCAUACGAGCUUAUGUUUCUUGGAAAGACUCUCACAACUGUCCACGUCAAUGACUUCGAUCGUUUGUAUUCCUACAACACCACGAUGUCUCGCAGCUUUUCAGCUCUCAGUGAGACGGACAAGUACAAUUCUGUCACGUCGUUUCAGCAGGAUAAUUCGGAUAGAUUUGCAUUUUUCGUUGCGCUCAGCUGUUGCUCGUUCUUCAAGGACGACAUCAUCAUCAAGUGCUUCGAAAACACAGUCAAAAGUGAUCCCAAAAACAAGCUUUUCUACGUUGAUCACCUCAAGAACAUAAUGUCAUAUCGCUCAACUAUACCUGACAGUAAUUUGCAGAGCUAUUACCAAAAUCAGUAUAGAAAGGGACUCAUGCACGGUUUCACGGAGUACAAAGAUGCCUUGAAGAGUAUAGGUGUAGACGGCGUAUCUCCUGGUGAUGAGGUUGACAACGAUGUUGUGAUUGGCAUGUAUAAACAGUCAUGUCAAAGUGAUCCUAGAAACUACACCUAUUUCAAUAAGCAACUCAGAGUGAUUGCUGCUAUUAAGCAUAAUGAGGCUUUACUCAGCUUCAUCGACACCGAGCUCAUACCUGCUCAAAUUGCUCUUAACGAAUUGCAAAUCGAGGAAAUCACAGAGGACGAUGUGGUGGUAACUGCUUAUGAGUUCCGACUUGAUGAGGUCUUGCAAUCUGUGAACUUCAAUGCUGAGUCUCAAGAAAUACAGUUCUUGAAUAGAUGUUUGCUCUCUAUAGCUGUGAGUCGAAAAAGCUAUAUUCUCAUGACUUACAUCGAAAACAAAGUUCCUAAUAUCUUUCAGAAUACCCCAUCCUUUAGUGUGGAGGAGGCUUUCAGGUAUUUGGGUGCUGAUGCUCAGACUAGUGAUUUCGAAAUGGCGGCAAAAUUUCAAGAAAGAAUUUCGACCUCCGAAGUCGGUGAUGUCAACGACUUCGUCACCCUCAGAAGUAGUUUGCACACGAUCGCGGAAGCUAGAAAGCUGGACAUAUUGUUCAGCUUCCUAAGGGAUGGUAAGAUCGACUCCUCAUUGUUACCACCGGAGAAUUGGCCAGCAGGCUUAGACAACAUUGGUAAUACUUGCUACUUGAACUCUUUGCUCCAAUACUACUUCUGUAUCAAGCCCUUGCGUGAGACAAUUUUGGCAUUCGAUGACUCCAAUCUUGAUUCAUUAAAAAGCAAGAAGAGAAAGAUUGGUGGCCGAGAUGUUGAGGUAUCAGAGUUGCAACGCUCAGGCCAGUUUGUAUUGAGGCUACAACAUCUUUUUCAGGAGAUGAUUACAACAAAAAAAAGAUGCGUUCAACCAAGCAAGCAGUUGGCGUAUCUUUCGUUUUUGCCGUUGUCUCAGCACGUAAAUUUUAAAGUCGAGGAACCACGUCUACCUGAUAGUCAAUCUGUUGAGGAGAUUGAUAAGUCCGCAAUGCCGGUAGAUAUUCCGUCUGUCCAGCCUCUGUGUGAAGAUAUACUUAUGUCAGACAAGGAGAACGAUGUCCGUGAAUACUCCCCGCCACCACUUUUGGAAAUGAAUUCCCCAGAAGAAGGUCCGCAGCAACCCGAGGAGUUUUCCGAUAAGAGGUCCAAAACUCCUGAAAAUGAUUCCAAGAGCCCUGAUAAGGAGGUGGAGAGGAAUAAGAUUAUGAGCAUUAGUACCGAUCAGAUUGAGAGUACCAUCGAAAUUGGAAGACAGCAAGAUGUCACUGAAUGCAUUGAAAAUGUGACGUUUCAAAUUGAAACUGCCCUUGAACCUACAAAAGUUGAUGAGGAUGGUGAGCAGCACGAUUUGGUGAAGCGAUUAUUUUGUGGUAAAACUAAACAAACGUUGACACCAAUUGACGAAAGUGACAGCAAAAAAGCCCGAAGCUCGUUUGAGCGAUUCUUCAGUUUAAUCAUCAAUGUCAGUGAUCAUCCGAAGGACAUUUACGACGCUCUUGACAACUACUUUAGCGAAGAUAUAAUGCAUCUAGAAGAAGGAGCUGUGAAGAAAUCGACUACUAUCACUGAGCUUCCAGAGAUCCUUCAAUUCCACAUUCAGAGGGUACUAUUUGACAGAGAGAGACUCAUGGCGUACAAGUCUUUGGAAGCCAUCCCUUUUAGUGAAACCAUUUACCUCGAUAGGUAUCUCGAUACUGACGAUGAAGAGAUCAAAAAAAGGAGGCUGCAAGUUUAUGAAUGGAAAGCACAGGUGGCCAAGUUGCAAGAGGAGAAGGAAGCACUCUUGCGGAAGGACCCAGAAACAAACCUCUCUGUCAUUGAUGCCUUGCAGGCCACAAAGAAGUUUUUGGAGACAAAACUUGCCACAUUCCCAGAGCUCUCAGUCAAGCCCAGUACCAUCGAAGCCAUCAGCAAGCAAAUUGAUCACUUCAAAUCCAAGUUACAAUCGAUUCAUGACAAUAUUAAUGCCCUUCAGCAGAAAUCCGCCAAUCUUUUCGAUGAGUACAAAAAGAUUGGAUAUACUCUCUUUGCAAUAUUCAUCCAUCGUGGUGAAGCAUCUUAUGGCCACUAUUGGGUGUAUAUCAAGGAUCUCCAGAGAAACAUAUACAGAAAGUACAACGACGAUGUUGUGACCGAAGUGCCGGCGCUGGAGGUACUUAAUUUUGCCGAAGGCAAUACGGCCACCCCUUAUUACAUGGUAUUUGUGAAGGAGGAGCUCAAAGAGGCAUACAUUGAGCCGCUUAAACGAGAGCCAGCCUAA